UUAAUGUCAUCCCUUUUUACUGCCAUCUAAUUUGACAUUUCUGAUAUUGUUUAUUUUGUUCAUGAUUUUGAGUAUUUAUUGUCUUUUCUAUCUUGUUUAUCAUUACCCUUUACUAAAUACUUUUGUGCUUUCAUUUAUCAGCAAAAAUAAUUUUGGGACACAAUAUUUAGAAAAGCUUUAUUUGCUAAAGUUUAAGUUAUAUUCCUUGUGUUUUGUAUGAGAAGUAUAUGCAGAACAUAGGGUACAGUUGUCCAAUUCCUUAUAUACAUAGUAUCAGGGUUGCUGCUACUUAUUCUGUAUUCUGUUUUGUUUAUUCACUAACUUUGCUUUCUUAUCUAUGGUUCAUCUUUCUUGGGACAGGUAUUCCAUUAGCUGUCCAACUGGAAAGCCUUCGCUCUUUCCUGUUUCUUUGUUCUCAAUCAGAUGAAAGUUUACUUGUCCAACUUCUGGCUGAAUUUCCUUCGCUACUUGUUCCUCUAUCUAGUGAUAUUCAGGUGAAAGUGGAAAAUGGAGUCACUUUCUCGGGGAACUGCUAAACUUAAUGGUUGAAUUUAAAGCAUUGUUACUAUGUGAUAGAAAUGUGCUUUUCUCAUUUUUUACAUCUGUUCUGGGCUGCUCACGCAAUAAU